GUUCUAAGAUUAUAUCAAGACUCUGGACAGACAAGCCGUGUUUGAAAAAAGAACCAAAGAUACCCUCCAGAAAUGAAAGAGCAGGGUCACGCAAACAAAAAGCUGGCAGGUGGGCGAAGCAGCGUAAUAGCUGAAGGUGGAGUUGGCACCUGGCAGGGGGAUGCGGGCCCAGAACUGAGCGAUGCCCACACACAUGUGAUCUGAGUCUCAGAAGGAAAGAAUAGCAGGGGUGGAGAAGAGGUAGUUACUGCAGAAAUGCAGGCUAGGAGUUCCCGGAGUUCCCGGAGUACGUGAAACUCCAAGAAACCCAAGGCCAGAGCUUUCAAACUCCCAGAGUUGGACACAUCAUGGGAAUUUCAGGACAGCAAAGUCAAAGAGGAGAGUUGUAGAAGCGACCAGUGCAAGCAGAGGGACAGCCAAGAGCCUGACAACACGCUGACAGUGAUGGUGGUGGAGACGUUCCUGUGGGGAAAUCCUGGUCGGCCUAGAAAUCUACACCAAGUAAGUGAGUGCGAUUAAACCCCUCUCCGGUCUAAGUUGGACAGUUUCUGUGCGAAGGUUCCUGCUGAAAUAAAUCCCGGAGGAGGUACUCCAGACAGAUGGAGAGGGAGCUCGGGAGAUGGAGGAGGUUUGCAAGGCAUAGGUCAGCACGGAAAUGGGUGAACAAGCAUCGUGACUACCGUGGGGAACGCAGAAGGAGGAGCCAGACGCUAGCAAUCAGCGUGUAACCCACGAUGGCGCUGACCAGAGUGUGUUUAAGUGGGAGCCAAGGACAUGUGUUAACUUCAGACUUUACUGCAGCAAAGGUGUGUGUUAAAGAUUUAAGAAUAGAAAUAGAUCUCAAACCCUCCAAAUAAAUACCAGGCAAAAGGGGAAUAAAAGAAAACCCUUGUCCAACAUGAAAGAGGCAGAAAAGAGGGGAGGGAGCCCAGCAGUGACUGGAAAUGAUCGCACGUGGCGCUCGCCCAACGUGGAAGAGGCAGAAAAGAGGGGAGGGAGCCCCGGCAGUGACUGGAAAUGACCGCAUGUGGCGCUUGCCCAACAUGAAAGAGGCAGAAAAGAGGGGAGGGAACCCCGGCAGUGACUGGAAAUGAUCGGCAGUGACUGGAAAUGAUCGCACGUGGCGCUCGCCCAACAUGAAGGAGGGCAGAAAAGAGGGGAGGGAACCCCGGCAGUGACUGGAAAUGACCGCACGUGGCGGAGGGGGUUACCCGCCGCUGUUGGCAACCAGGGAAUGUGAACAGGCAGACGCACCAGUGAAAGAGAGACUGCGAUUUGAUUUCUUUCUGGCUGUGUGAUGUGUAAGAGACACGUCCAACACACGAUGGCAUAGAAAGGUUGAAAGCAGGGUCGUGGAACCAAGCGGUGGUUCAGUAUCAGCCACGAGGAAGCCGCACCCGUGGGGUUCUCGUGCCGGAGCUAUGGGGACUCACACUGGGUGCAGGUCAGACAGCCAGCCGGGCGAGAGAAAGACUCAGUGAAGAGCAGGUGUCUGCGCCCAGCCCCGCUCACACCAAGGAGCGUUCCUAAAACCGACAGUCCGAGCAGACACCCAAGGAGAUAUGUACCAUAAAAACCACAUUCUGUGGCCACAGUGAGUAAAACUGGAUGGGAAUAACAAAAAAGUACAACUUUUCGGGGGAAACUUAAAAAUAUUUCUAAGUAAUUUAUGGGUCAGAGAAGUAUCUGUAAUCCAGUGAUAAUGAACAGCCCACAUACUUGUGCUGGUCGACCCGAGAAUACGGUGUGAAACCCAGGAGAAGAACAGGAUAAACCUCAAGAAAGUAAAAGGAAGUAAAUGACAAAGAAAAACGCAGGAGCAAGUGGUUUCUAGGAAGGGCCAGUGGAGCCGUCCAGCAAAACACACAGGGCGUGUGUGCGUGACUGGUCGAGUAGACGAACCUCUGGGAAGGUUAAUUAAAAAGACAAAACAAGUGUCCGGGAGGAUGAAGAGUGCGCCGCAGCAACUACGAGGUCUAGAACAUACGAUGUCACGGGUGACUUUGUGCCGGACAUUGAACACUUAGGAGACGGCGCCCUAGAGGAUGACCGGGUGAGAAACAUGGAGUCCACGCCGGCCCUGCCAGGUGCCCGGUGCCAGUGGGGGAGACGCUGCCCCCAGCCCUCCACGUGCACACGCUCCUAAACACCGGCUGAGCAAGCAGAGUAGAAUCCAGGCUUCCUGUUGUCAUCCCAGAUGUGGUCUUGAGGAGCCCCGCGUCCUGCAGAAUCCUGCCCCGAAGAUGCCAGGGCUCUGGGAAAGGAGGUGAAGAUCGUGAUCCGAGGGGACAGGAACACGGGCAAGACAGCCUUGUGGCACCGGCUGCAGGGCAAGAAGUUCGUGGAGGAGUACAUCCCCACACAGGAGAUCCAGGUCACCAGCAUCCACUGGAGCUACAAAACCACUGAUGAUAUCGUGAAAGUUGAAGUCUGGGAUGUAGUUGACAAAGGAAAAUGCAAGAAGCGAGGCGAUGCCUUGAAGAUGGAGAAUGAACCCCAGGAGGCGGAGUCCGAGAUGGCCCUGGAUGCCGAGUUCCUGGACGUGUACAAGAACUGCAACGGGGUGGUCAUGAUGUUCGAUAUCACCAAGCAGUGGACCUUCAACUACAUUCUCCGGGAGCUUCCCAAAGUGCCGACGCACGUGCCUGUGUGCGUGCUGGGGAACUACCGCGACAUGGGCGAGCACCGCGUCAUCCUGCCCGACGACGCGCGAGACUUCAUCGACAACCUGGACAGGCCCCCAGGGUCUUCUUACUUCCGCUACGCCGAGUCCUCCAUGAAGAACAGCUUCGGGCUCAAGUACCUGCACAGGUUCUUCAACAUCCCAUUCCUGCAGCUCCAGAGAGAGACGCUGCUGCGGCAGCUGGAGACGAACCAGCUGGACAUCGAUGCCACGCUGGAGGAGUUGUCCGUGCAGCAGGAGACCGAGGACCAGAACUACGACAUCUUCCUCGAGAUGAUGGAGGCCCGCAGCCGUGGCCACGCGUCCCCGCUGGCCACCAACGGGCAGAGUCCAUCCUCGGGCUCCCCAUCUCCUGUGGUGCCUCUGAGUGCAGUGUCCACGGGGAGCUCCAGCCCCAGCACACCCCAGCCGGCUCCGCAGCCGCCCCUCCAGGCCCCCUCGGCUUGCCCGGGGCCCCCCUGCCCCUCGGAGGCGCCGCCAGCCCCUGCACACCCCCUGGUCCCCGCCGCACCCCCGCGACGCAGCAUCAUCUCGCGGCUGUUCGGGACCUCGCCGGCGGCCGAGGUGGCCCCUUCACCCCCAGAGCCGGCCCCAGCUUCAGAGGCCCCGGCAAGAGUCCAGAACGUGGAGGACUUUGUUCCUGACGACAGUCUUGACCGCAGCUUCCUGGAGGACGUAGCCCCCCCAAAGGAUGAAAAGAAAGUUGGAGCCAAGGUCCCGCAGGACAGUGACAGCCCACCUCACGCCUGCUCUCCUGUCGACCUCUGCCACAGCUCUGCUGCAAUGUGUGAUGGGGAGGCCCCAGGAGGGAACCCAAUGGUGGCGGGUUUCCAGGACGACGUGGACCUUGAAGAUAAGCCGCCUAGUAGGCCCCUGCCACCCACGGGCCCCAUCCCCAGCGAGCACAUCACUCUGUCCAGCGAGGGGGAAGAAGAGGUGGCAGCAGGGCGCCACGAGGCCACCGUCCUGGCCCCCCAGAAGUGCUCUGAACCAGGGACCAAACGUUCCUCCACGAAGGCCUCGAGGCCACACCAGGAUGCAGCUCCCAAGGCCACAGAGCCCCACUGGCCAGGCGGCACCGAGGGCUCCUCUCCGGGGCUGGAGGACGGAGGGGACAAGCAGGUGUCAUCAGAAAGUGACCCCGAGGGGCCUAUUGCUGCCCAGAUGCUCUCCUUCGUCAUGGACGACCCUGACUUUGAGAGUGACUCAGAUACUCAGCGGAGAGCGGGUGAGUUCCCGGUGCGAGAGGACCUCUCGGACGUGACAGAUGAGGAAGCCGGCCCUGUCCAGCCGCCCCCGCCCCCCAAACCCCCUGCCCCCUCCUUCAGACUGAAGAACGACUCGGAUCUCUUCGGGUUGGGGCUGGAGAACACAGGCCGCAAGGAGAGCAGCGAGGAAGAUAAAGAGGGCAGGCCUCCCUCGAAGGAGAAGAAAAAGAAGAAGAAGAAGGGCAAAGAGGAGGAAGAGAAGGCCGCGAAGAAGAAGAGCCGGCGGAAGAAGAGCAGGGACCAGGCGGAGGACAAGUGUCGGGAGGAGCGGCGGCGGCGGCGGGGCACAGAGAGGCCUGCGGUCGACGAGCUGGAGGCCUUCCUGGGGGGCGGGGCCCCGGGCGGCCACCUCCGCGGCGGCGGCGAUUACGAGGAGCUCUAGGCCUGGCGCGCAGACCGCAGGGCGCUCCGCGUGUGCUGGGGGCGCUGGGCCUGCCCUGCGGGGAGGGGCAGCCGGCCCCCAGCGCUUCUCAGGGAUGGGACUGAGGCCGAGGAAGCCCGUGAGGCUGUUUGCAGGGGUGGGGCGCUGUUCCCAUCGCCUGCCCGGCCCCUACUUGCCCUCGGCGCGCCGCACGCACUCACCCAGGCCCGCUGCAUGCAGCGGCCUCCGCUUCAGCUGCCCCGGCUCUGCAGACCUCUGGUCCUCAGACCCUUGGGGCACCUGUGCACAGAGGGCAGGCGGCGCUGGCGCGUCCCUGGGGGCAGCCCUUUCCAGACACGGCGACCGGCUUUGCACCCGCACCUGAGCUCGGGCGUGCGCGGGCCAAGCGGGGAGGCCCACAACACUCGUAUUCUUUUGUUGUCCUUGCACACCACUCGGACCAUAAAGCUCCCCUGUUUUACUGCG